CGUUGAAAUCAUAACGUGGUUCAGGCGAAAGCAUGAUAUUCCCGAUUGAGGCGUUCGUAAAUCGCUCGAGUAAUUCAACUUUUGUGAAAAAAUUUCGUCGAUUUAUAGAAGGAUCGGCUUCUUCAAGGCACUUGGAUGAGCUUAGGAAAUCAUUGUAUUUGGCAACAAAGAGCAAGCUCAAUCAUUCUUGUGUAAUGUUGAGAUAACAGACAAAGACUGAGCACCAUCAGUGGCAAUAACAAUGACAAACUAGCUCAAACUAGAGCAUAUUGUUGACUUGUUUUUCUUAGUUCAACAUGGCUGGUUAACGGCAUGAAUGAUCCAUCGGAUUUGCUGAAUUUAAUUGAAAGUGGAGAGGGAAUUUUCGAUGAGAUUGGCAUGAAUAAUAUAUCAUCGCAGUCAUCUCUUCCACAAACCUCUAGUAACAAUCAUCUCUUCAACAUGGACUCGUUUGCGAGUUUCCCGAACCAGACUUCUGGCUCGACGCAAUCGCAACUGCUUCACAUGGCUGGUCAAUCUCAAUCUUCAGAUCAGUUUCAGCAGUUCUCCCAAAAGCUAAGCCAUUAUGCUGCCAAUCCCACGUUGGCACAACAAGGUAAUGGCUUUCCCAGUCAAUCAGUAAAUAAGCUAGCCCAAUCACAAUCACAACAAUUUUCAAGAAUGCCUGGAAUGCAAAUGCCCGGAACAAACCAGUUUCCCACGCAGGUCAGUACUUCCCUUGGAACAAACUGGCGUAGAUCAUCUAACUUGCACAAUUCAUUUGGACAAUUUGGAUUGGCUCAGCAGUCACAGCCACCAACCAAUGAGCAAGCUCCUACUGCAGGAUCACCAUUGUCACAAGGAUUCAUGAGCUCGCAACCAAGUAAUUUAGCAAGGCUUCAGCAUUUCAUGACUAACAAACAAUCAAAUCCAAUGUUGAGUCAAUCUCCAAACCAGUUUAUAGGUCAGGAGAGCUCAUCUAACUUGACUGAUAUCAGCAAUUCAACCCCAAAGUUGAACCAAGGUAAAACUGUGUCAUCAGGACGGCCAUUUAGCCAAGACCAGUUGAACAAGUUGCACCACUUGGUCUCCGGAGGCAUGCCGUCACCUACAUCCGAUACUUCUACAAAUGCGAACUCACCUGCUGCAAACUUUGUCCAGUCCAGUAGCUCUUCAUUCACGUCCUCACCAGAUCCUUUUUUGGCAAACAAGAACAUGCCUUCAAUGUAUAACAAUUUACAACAGCGGCAACAGUCACCGAUGAGUGGACAAGUUCCAAUGCAAGCUCAAAAUCCCUUCUCGCAAGCUCCUUCUGUAAAUAGCAUGCAACAAGAUUAUGCUAUGCGACGACCACCGCAGUUUCAAGAUGGCAACUUUCAAGUGAGGUCCAGCAUGCCAGUUCAACCGCAGAUGAUGAACCAAAAUCCUAAUGCAAUAUCAAACAUGAAGAGUGCCCAACUUCUUUUUCAAUUGCAACGGUUGCAACAGCAAAUUUCACAAGUGCGUGAACUGCCCUCCCCUGCCAGAGAUCAACCUUUACAGCAACUUCAGCAGCAGUUCAGCCGUCUCUAUCACUUGUACCUCGUGGACCAACAGAGACUGAAGAAGCAACAGCAGACAGUUUCACAAAUAAGAUUCAAUCAGGACAGUUUGUUGAAACAACAUCACCAGGAUAAAGCGAAUCGUAUAGUUGCCGAAGCAAUUGCAAAGUCCGCACUCAUGAAUAGUGGCUAUAAUUAUCAAGCCGAACAGCAAAUGAAAAUGAUUGGUCAGCAAUUUGGGUCGGCCAUGAAUAGGCCCAUGAACUACGAUAUGAAACAGGACAGAUUUGCCCAGCAAAAAGUUGCGGAGCCGAUUGUGUUGCCACCGACGAUUGUUAAUCAACUUCCGAAAACAGUUAGGAGCUCAUCAAAGCCCCCAGCAACCGUGUUGAGCAAACCAGUUGUAAAGAGAGAGCGACGAGAUUCUUCCGAACAUGAACCAUCGCCCCCAAAUUCACCAGGAAGUUUUCAUAUUGAAGAUAACACGCCAGCAAGCAUUACGCGGCGAUCACUAAGGGAACGUAAGAAAAAGACGUACAAGGACGAUUUUGAUUACAAUUUGUCUGACGAAGAAGACGGUGGAAAAUCCAAGUCUGCCGGCGGUAAUGGCGUCAAAUCCGAAUCAGGAGAACCGAUUUUCGACGAGGCACCACUUCCGGAAGAGAAUCUAGUUGUGGAGAAAAUUCUUGCCUUAAGAACGGAGACAAAGGAAGAUGGAUUUGCCCAGGAAGAAUUUCUGGUAAAGUACAAAAACUACUCUUACCUACAUGCAGAAUGGGCAACCGCAGAAAAACUAAUGCAACAUGACAAACGAGUUCAGAUGAAAAUAAAACGAUUCUUCAUAAAACGAAAUUCGUUGCCAUUUCCUGACGAGGUUGAUGACGAACCAUUUAAUCCAGAUUACGUUGAAAUUGAUCGUAUUUUGGAUGUGUCGACGGGCGUUGAUCAGUCCACUGGAGCGCCCGUAAGUCAUUAUCUCAUAAAAUGGAGAUCUCUGCCUUACGACGAAAGCACUUGGGAGGUUGAGGGAGACGUGGAUGAGCAGUCCGUUGCAAAGUUUCGCAAUAUUCAAAUUCCUCCAGCGCCUCAUGAAAGACAGUUUCGAAGGCGACCGCAUCCGAGUGAGUGGCGAAAGUUGGACAAAUCGCCGAUUUUCAGUAACAACAACACGUUACGCGAAUAUCAACUGGAGGGUCUGAAUUGGUUGACCUUUUGUUGGUAUAAUGGGCAAAAUUGUAUUCUUGCUGACGAAAUGGGUCUUGGUAAAACGAUUCAAAGUUUAACGUUUCUUAUUCACGUUAAGCAAUACGGCAUUCGUGGACCAUUUCUCGUCAUCGCCCCCCUGUCAACGAUCGCGAACUGGCAACGUGAAGUGGAAACAUGGGGAGAUAUGAACGUUGUUGUUCACCAUGGAAGUGCUACCAGUCGUCAUCUAAUUCAGCAAUACGAGUUUUACUUUCGUGGACCUACGGGUGAACCUAUGAUCGGAAUGUACAAAUUUCAUGUUUUGAUAACGACCUACGAAAUCUUGAUAGCGGAUAACAUGUUGCUGAGCAGUAUUCCUUGGAGAGUGGUUGUCAUCGACGAAGCGCAUCGUUUGAAGAACAGGAAUUGUAAACUUCUGGAAGGGUUGAACAAUCUGCAAAUGGAACACCGAAUCUUGCUCACAGGAACGCCACUUCAAAACAAUGUCGACGAGCUGUUCAGUUUGCUGAAUUUUCUCGAACCCGCGCAAUUUCCUUCUCAAGCUGCUUUUCUUAUGGAAUUUGGAAAUCUGAAAACGGAAGCACAAGUGGAAAGAUUACAAGCCUUGUUGAGACCAAUGAUGUUGCGUCGUAUGAAGGAGGAUGUCGAAAAGAGCCUGGCGCCAAAAGAAGAGACGAUCGUUGAGGUCGAGUUGACAACGGUUCAAAAGAAGUUCUAUCGUGCCAUCCUGGAGAGAAACUUUUCCUUUCUCAACAAAGGUGCAGUUUCGACGUCAAACGUUCCCAAUCUCAUGAACACAAUGAUGGAACUGCGCAAGUGCUGUAAUCAUCCUUUCCUUAUAAAUGGUGCCGAGGAGAAGAUCGUUGGCGAGUAUCAGGCGAACUCUGGCGAGGACAACCGAGACACUGUUCAUUUGACAUCGUUAAUCGAAGCCUCCGGUAAACUGGUUCUCAUUGAUAAACUCUUGCCGAAGUUGAAAGACGGCGGACAUAAGGUGCUGAUCUUCUCGCAAAUGGUGCGAUGUUUGGACAUCUUAGAGGAUUACCUUAUUUGCAAGAAAUAUCUGUUUGAAAGAAUCGACGGUCGUGUUCGUGGUAAUCUGAGACAAGCCGCCAUUGAUCGCUUCUCGAAACCCGAUUCUGAUCGUUUUGUCUUUCUUCUGUGUACCCGUGCCGGUGGACUGGGUAUUAAUCUUACUGCCGCUGACACCGUGAUCAUCUUCGAUUCAGAUUGGAAUCCACAGAACGACUUGCAGGCUCAAGCGAGGUGUCAUCGUAUUGGUCAAGCCAAGUCAGUCAAAGUUUACAGGUUGAUUACGCGAAACUCGUACGAGCGAGAAAUGUUUGAUCGGGCUAGCAUGAAGUUGGGCUUGGAUAAAGCCGUUUUGCAGUCAAUGAGCUCCAAAGACGGUACAGUUAAUUCCGUAGGCCAAAAUCAAGGGCUGUCGAAGAAAGAAAUUGAAGAUCUUUUGAGGAAAGGAGCCUAUGGAGCUGUGAUGGACGACGACGAAGCUAGCUCAAAGUUUUGUGAAGAAGAUAUUGAUCAAAUCCUAGAACGCCGCACUCAAGUUAUCACAAUCGAUUCUGUCGGUCAAGGCUCGUCAUUUGCUAAGGCGAGUUUUACUGCAACGAAGAAAGGAGAUGAAAUUGAUAUUGACGAUCCAGAUUUCUGGAAAAAAUGGGCGAUGAAAGCCGACAUUGAUGUUGACGAACUCAUGAACAAGGAUGAACGUAUUAUUGAUGCACCAAGGCAACGUAAACAAACAAAACGAUACGGUAGAGGUGAUGAUGUCGAUUAUGAACUCUCCGAUCUCGACUCGGACGAGGAGGUUCAGCCGGCAAAGCGCAGGGCGUGGACCCGAGUGGAAUGCUUUAAGGUCGAAAAGAAUCUUCUCGUGUUUGGUUGGCAACGGUGGAAGGAUAUCAUUCAUGCAAUCCGAAAGAGGAAGCUCUCAGAACGCGAAGUGGAAGCAAUCUCUCGUUCCAUUCUUCUCUAUUGUGUUCAUGCGUAUAGUGGCGACGAGAAGUUACGUUCGUUCAUACUGGAACUCAUAAAACCACCUGUGUCGCGCGAGCGGCUGCCUAGCGAGGAACUGGACGCUACUUACAUGCCCAUACCAAAGGGCAACGGUAAGAAGGCCAAAAAGGGCGGUAAGAAAGGAAAAGGCGGUAAAAAAGACGUGAACAAAAGCGCUCUCGCGUUAAUUGAGGCGGUUGGCGAUUGGAAAAGCAUAAAUCCAGAAUUAUUGAUUCUUGACGAGGGAUACAAGAAGCAUUUGAGACAUCAUUGUAAUAAGAUCCUGUUGAGAGUAAGGUUACUCUACAUCAUGCGUGUGGAGGUCAUUGGCGCCAUGGAGUCUAUUGUACGAAGUGACUGCUUGGCAAGCGACAUUAAUGUGAAUCUGCCGAUGACCGAAGGCGAUCCUCCUAUUGGCUGGUGGAACGAAGAAGCCGAUAAGUCGCUUGUUAUUGGUGUUUACAAGCAUGGUUACGAACGAUACAACGCCAUACGGGCAGACCCUUGUUUAAUUUUUCUCAAGAAAUGCGGCCCGCCCACUUCAUCUGAUGAACCAGCUGCCGGGGACGGUGGUGACGGCGAAGGAUUGAGGGAGGAUGAGGACAAUCGUGACGAUCCAGAUUAUCAACUUCCACAAGAAAAUAAAGCGGACGAUGGCGAGUCUGAUGAAGAUGAGGAUUUUGAUGGCGAAGGAAAGGAAUCCCGGAGUAGCGGUAAAGCAGGAUCUAGAGCUGAUAGAACUCCGACAGAUGCCAAUGCUCCAGUUCUUUCGACUAACUCUUCCUUCCUUCCGUGGCCGUCUCCCUCCGAUUUAAACACGAGACUACGUCGAAUUGUUGCCGGCUUCCAGCGAAUCUUAAAGAAAGAAGAGCUGAAACGAGUUGCGGUUGAAAAGGAGAACAGAAGGAAGGAAAAGGUCGAGGAAGCUGUAAGACAAAAAGAGUUAAAAAAAGCAGAACAAGCCCAAAAGUGGUCGAAACGAGAGGAAGUCGAUUUUUAUCGUUGUGUUUCAACGUAUGGUGUUCACAUCAACGCGGCAACUGGAGAAUAUGAUUGGUCGAAGUUUAGGCAAAUGGCCCGCUUGGACAAGAAAAACGACGAUAGACUUUCACAGUAUUUCAAGGAGUUCUUGGCCAUGUGUAAACGAGUUUGUGGUCGUGCCACAGACGAGGAGAUCAUCCUUGGUAAAAACGUCGAAGCAAUAUCGGAAGAAAGAGCAAAUCGAUGUUUGAGACGCGUUGAACUUAUGACCGUUCUCCGUCUGGAUGUUCUUAACCACCCUAAACUCGACGAAAGAUUGAAGCUUGCUCAGAUAACUCCAGAACUUCCUCCGUGGUGGCGAUGCGAGAGACACGACAAGGAUCUUUUAAUUGGUGUCUCGAAACACGGCCUCACGAGAACUGAUCUCAAUAUUUUAGAAGACCCUGAACUGUCAUUUUACGAGUUAAAAAGCGAGAUGGAUGCACAGCACAUGGCUCCGAUAGCGAAUUCUACGGAUUUGUUAAGUGACACCCUCGAGACCACGUCGCGAGAUGCCUUUGCUCCCACAGCGUGCGAGGAUAAAGUAGAUAAACACAUACAUGAAAAGGUUGAAAGAUCGGAUAAUCAAGAAGACUCCGUUGACGAUACUCAAACAUCCUCUGCUACGCCCACAUCGUCCAGGGUUAUCCUACCAAACCCCCAGAUUACACCUGAUGCGUCUACUGAUGACAAUAUCGAGAGAAAUAUCGAACCCGCACCACCCGCAACCGACCUUAAACAGGAUUACGUGAAGGACGAAUCUCAAGUAUCUGGGUCAAAUGCUCUCUCUUCGAUGGCGAAACAAGUGUCGGCAUUGCCACCCAAUCCUGACGUCCCGACGCACACAGGACGUGUGAACGUCGAUGAUGGUAUGGGAAGUAUUCCUCCCGGAAGUAUUCCCCCAGAUGUUAGUAACUUUAACCCGAUGAUAAACGAGUCUAUGUCUAUAAAACUUUGGUGGCCAAAAGAUCGCGUUGUGUUUCAACGAGUUCAGCAACUGUCACAUUUGAUCGUUACGGGGGAAUGGCCCACUAAACCUGAGAAACCUGAAAGACUUCUCGAUCAAGCUGUAUUUCCUGCCGGAAGCGAUCUGUCACCAAUGGGUUUUUCUAUGUACGGCGAUAUUGGUGAAUUGGGUGACCUUUCGCCUGAUGUUAUGGUUGAUCCUCUUUCGAAAGCUUUUAAAGUCAAGAAGCACGAAGGUCUCAAAGUCACUUUGAAGAAAAAUCGAAAGAAACGUAAAAAGGACGAGGAAGGUUUAAUGAUGGAGGAUGACUUCGGUGAAAUAAACCGUUCUAACGACUCGUUAAUGAUGUCGUACGACGCUGACUUCAAUAUGCCUCUCAAACUGGACCAUACGGACAUGUUAGGUCAGGUUUCGAUGUCGAAACCGCGGAGGAAACGUCAGCGAAAAGCCGAAAAACCGCCCAAACCACCCGUGGAGAAGAAAAAACGUGGUCGAAAAUCCAAGAUGGAGAAAUUGAUGGCGCAAGCGGCUGCCGACGCCAUGCAUGCUGGGUUAGUCCCACCACCUGGAGGAGACUGGUUGGGAGGAAACAGAAGUGGUGUUUAUAUGGCUGGAGAAAUGAUGAACGGACCACCAUCAUCUCACGAAUCGAUUUUGAGCAACGAUAUUGAAGUGAGACGGCGUUCUAUUGAUAACCCUAUGAUGGAGAGACCACGUGUUCCCCCUCAAGGUGGUAAUGUUCACAUGGAAAGUAGGCAGCUACCUGGUACCGUUAGAACUAGCGUACUCAAGAGUACCACAAGUGCUGACGAGGAUUCAUUUCAAAUGCGCCACGGUUCCUCUUCAUCGCAUCCCGGUAACGAUCCUUCGCCACCCCUCACAUCACCCAUAAUCCCUACAAAUUCUGCUGGUAUAAGUCCAACCUCGACAACUCCCGUUAGACAUUCUCCAUUCAUGAAGACCGAGUUUCCGUUCGGUACCAGUCAGUUUACAAACUACCCCAAAUAUCCAGUUGGGUUCCCUCAUCCUCCUAGUCUUACGCCUAUCCCCUAUUCUGCUCCACCCAAGUCUUCUGGCAUAUCUAGCCCGACGUCUACAAACUUGUCAAGUAACGUGCCCACGAUAUCACAGUCUGAACCCUCGUUCAGCGGAAAAAACUCUCCCGUCGACAACCCUGUGGAUUCUAUUUGUUACAACGGUUUCCCAAGUGUCUCACCGUCUGAGGCGAUAAGUAGUUACACAAAGGAAUCUGCGCUUAUGAUAGAAAACUCCGAAAUGAAAGUGUUCAGCAGUGACAGCGAAAAUGAUAUGAACGAGGAUAGUCUGGACGCUAGCGAUGAUGAAGAUGUGUCCAGCAGUCCCCUGACGACGUAGUUAUCAUUGCGAUAAGCAAUUUUUUAUCAUCAAUCGAAUUACGGAAAAAUUUUAGCAGUUUCGAAAUUUGUGACUGUGUUGAGUUUUUUUCUUCGUUCUUAUUGUGCAAUUUAUAUCCUUAGCUGGUUCAAUGUGGAUUAUCGAUCUAAAGGACGUGUGUUUGGGUGUUGUUUAUCCAAUCUCUCGUCUUGUUUUAUAUUUAACAGAAAUCCUAACCUCACCUAGUGCUUUUUUCACACUUCUUUUUUUUUUUAAUGUGGAUCUUAUAGAAGCCGAAGAACGAAUCGGCGUAUUUAUUUUACAGAUUCCACAAAAAUCACAUCUUUUCUAAAACUUCCUAUUUACGAUGAGACUCGCGGGUCACUUUUUCAAUUUGGUGUUUGAAUAAUUACCUAUUUAAUGAGCACUAACAACUUUUGGAAGUUGUUGUCAUGUGUAUGUAUAUUACUUCUUAAUUUCAGUAAUUUCUAAGAGCAUCCGUACUUAUUUAUCCUAAAAACCACAAUGAAUUUUCUAUGUAUGUUUGUUGAUAAAUUGUGAAUAAAACUCCUGAUUAGGUUUGCA